GGAAAUUCUAGAAGAAGAGAUAAUGCCAUGAAUAAUAAAUGAAGGCGAGGUAUCUUGGAAUGAUUGCACGAAAUUUAUGCUCAGAAACUCUUUGACGAUCAACAUGGAUGUGUUCGAGAAACAAUACAACAGCUAUCGUGUCGUAUCGUGCAUAAUAGGACUCUGGCCAUAUCAGAAAACGAUUUAUACAGUAAUUAAGAGAAUAUUCAUAUCUAUCAUUUUAUUGGUCAAUCUAGUGUUCCAGAUAAUGUCACUUUUGAACUCUGAAAUUACGUUACGAAGCUGCGUUUUAACACUGUCUACGACUAUUCCAUUUCUAUUAUUUUUCUUACGAUAUGUUAAUUUUAUAGAAUUUUCUUCAAACCUCAAAUACUUUAUUGGCCAUAUGCGUAUGGAAGAAACUCUACUACAAGAUUUGGUCGAGGUACAAAUAUUAACAAAAUAUGUCGAUAAUGGAAGUCAUGUAUUCGAUAUCUUCCUCUUUUCUCAAAUUUUAGGGACAUGUUCUACGGGGGUUCUAACUUUUACAGCAUAUUUAUUGGGUCCAAUAAUAUUGGACUUAAUAGUACCUUUGAAUGAACCUCGAACUCGUCUAAUUAAAUAUCUUACAGAGUUUUCUCACGAUAAAACGGUUUACCUUGAUAUCGUUGCUUUGAACUUUGUGUUCAUUAUUAUAGUUGGAUUGUUGUGUAUUACCUGUACGGAAUCGUUCCUCACUAUUUUUGCUUACUACUUAUCCGGAUUAUUCAAAAUUACUAG